UCAGCCCACUCUUCAUUUCGACCUAUUCACUCCCCGCGGGGGGCGGCGCCAGACCGCCUGGCCUAGGAUCGGGCGUCCGUCGAAGUCGGCACGCCCCUCUCUUUUCCCCGCGGCACAGCCUGGACCUUGUUCAGGCCGUUGUCGCCUCGUCGCUAUGGCGCCCACGAUCCAGACCCAGGCCCAGCGAGAGGACGGCCACAGGCCUAAUUCCCACCGGACUCUGCCUGAGAGGUCUGGAGUGGUCUGCCGAGUCAAGUAUUGCAAUAGCCUUCCUGACAUCCCCUUCGAUCCCAAGUUCAUCACCUACCCUUUUGAUCAGAACAGGUUUGUCCAGUACAAAGCAACUUCCUUGGAGAAACAGCACAAACAUGACUUACUAACCGAGCCAGAUCUGGGGGUGACCAUUGACCUCAUCAACCCUGACACAUACCGCAUCGACCCCAAUGUUUCCCUAGAUCUGGCUGAUGAGAAACUUUUGGAAGAAGAGAUUCAGGCUCCUACAAGCUCUAAGAGAUCCCAACAGCAUGCAAAAGUGGUGCCUUGGAUGCGGAAGACUGAAUACAUCUCCACUGAGUUCAACCGUUAUGGCAUCUCCAACGAGAAGCCUGAGGUCAAAAUUGGAGUUUCUGUGAAACAGCAAUUCACUGAGGAAGAAAUAUACAAAGACAGGGAUAGCCAGAUCACAGCCAUUGAGAAGACAUUUGAGGAUGCCCAGAAGUCGAUCUCUCAGCAUUACAGCAAGCCACGAGUGACACCAGUGGAGGUUAUGCCUGUUUUCCCAGACUUUAAGAUGUGGAUCAACCCAUGUGCCCAGGUCAUCUUUGACUCAGACCCAGCCCCAAAGGACACAAGCGGCGCAGCUGCACUGGAGAUGAUGUCUCAGGCUAUGAUCAGGGGCAUGAUGGAUGAAGAAGGAAACCAGUUUGUGGCCUACUUCCUGCCUGUGGAAGAGACACUGAAGAAACGAAAGCGGGAUCAGGAGGAGGAGAUGGACUAUGCACCAGAUGAUGUGUAUGACUACAAGAUUGCUCGGGAGUACAACUGGAAUGUGAAGAACAAGGCUAGCAAGGGCUAUGAAGAAAACUACUUCUUCAUCUUCCGAGAGGGUGAUGGAGUUUACUACAAUGAAUUGGAGACAAGGGUCCGCCUCAGUAAGCGUCGGGCUAAGGCUGGGGUUCAGUCUGGUACCAAUGCUCUGCUUGUGGUCAAACACCGGGAUAUGAAUGAGAAGGAACUAGAAGCUCAGGAGGCACGAAAGGCCCAGCUGGAGAACCAUGAGCCUGAGGAGGAGGAGGAGGAAGAGAUGGAGACAGAAGAGAAGGAAGCUGGGGGCUCAGAUGAAGAGCGAGAGAAGGGCAGCAGCAGCGAGAAAGAGGGCAGCGAAGAUGAACGCUCAGGCAGUGAGAGCGAACAGGAAGAAGGUGACAGGGAUGAGGCGAGUGACAAGAGUGGCAGUGGUGAAGAUGAGAGCAGUGAGGACGAGGCCCGGGCUGCCAGAGAUAAGGAGGAGAUCUUUGGUAGUGAUGCUGAUUCGGACGAUGCCGACUCUGAUGAUGAGGACCCAGGACGGGCCCGCCGCAGUGACAACGAUUCGGACAGUGGCAGUGAAGUGGGUGGCCAGCGGAGCGGUAGCCGCAGUGCCAGUCCUUUCCCCAGUGGCAGUGAGCACUCAGCCCAGGAAGAUGGCAGUGAAGCUGCACCUUCAGAAUCCAGUGAAGCUGACAGUGACAGUGACUAAGUCUCCAAGGCUUCCAGGGCUGGCACAGACACUGCUGUUAUCGGCAGGAAGGCACUUUUCUAGUGAUCUGUUUGUUCUCCCAACCCCAAAUUUUGCUCUUAAUAAAGAAAACUUC